AUGAGCUUUCUGGGUAUGAUCUUGAGCAUAGGAAGCGUUAUGUUUGAAAGUAAAUGGUGCGCUUGGAUUGCAAUCUUUUGUGCCCUAGGAACUUUUGGGAAUGCUCGAGCAUCAGAUGACGUUAAGCAUCUGGCAACCAUGGCUGUUCUUGCUGUAUGUGUACUUGUCAUGUCCUACUUCCACAAUCCUGCCCCUCUCACUAUUCAAAUUUAG